AGCUGAUACCUGAAACCUGCUUAUGAACUUGUAUGUCAUAUGAUAAAAGGAUGUACUAUUCUUCCAAUUGUUAAUUUUACUACAGAUGUUUCUCAAAUAGUGAUGGCCUAUGUACACUCCACUGGCCUGAGUGUGAAUUAACUAUUCUUUAAUGUGGUUAAGUAUGUUAGUUGGAUAGAAAAUAGGCAGGAUGGUUUAUUGUAAAAUAGGAGUUAAAUGAUAAACUUUUGGUGUGAUUCACAAAGUUUUUAGUGGAUAAACUGAGACCGCUGACUCCGGUUGCAUACAUUGCCAAGUGGUGGUAGUGUUGCCCUCUUGUGACAACCGGAAGAUGUGGUUACUAGCCACCUGUCACGGUUGCUAGGGGCCAGCAUUGAAAACAUACGGCGGUUUUGUAGCAUGUCAUGUCCCUAACAAGUUGUAAAAAUAGAACAAAGUAGCAAUUUCUUACUUAUUGUAAAUAAUUAUUUGGCAUAUUGUGUUGGUUUGAUAUUCAGUUCUUAAACUUGGAAUUUAGUCUUACAGAACAAAUGUCGAACAUACUUUUAUCCGAGGUAGGCUGGGAUGAGGGCUUUGCCAUCCCAGUUGCCAAUGCAGAAAAUAAGGGUUUGGAAGAUGAGCUUCAAAGGAAACAAAAUGAGAAGUUACAACUGGAGAACAAACUUGGUGGAUACAAGGAUAGAAUACAAGCCAUGGCUGAACACCUGCAAAAUGUUAGGCAGGAGUUAUCUCAAACUCAGGCUCUGUGCAAAGCCAGGGAGAAAGAGACUGAGUCGGAGAUGCAUUUCAAGGCCCUGGCAGAGAGAGAGGUGGGCCGCCUGCGUCAGGAGAUUGCACAGCUGGACAACGAGCUUGGAGCUCUGAGGGAGAAGAAGAAUGCACAGGAGAACAACAUCUUCAAAGCCACCCAGAAGCUGGAGGAGCUGAAGAGCCAGCUGAAUUGGGACCAGCAGACCCUGGACGCCUGGCUUGAGGAGUCGGCACACAAGGACGAGGACACCAUGGCCAUCAUCAAGUAUGCCCAGCAGGACGAGAGCAGGAUACGGGAGCUCACCUUGUUGAUAGAGAAGAUGACACUUAAGGCCAACCAAAAGCACAAGGCACUGGACAACGAACUGACUGAGACCGUUUCAGCACAGAUUGGUCUGGAUAAGACGGCAGAGAACUUCCGCCAGGCCCACCUAGAGAGACAGGAGCUGAUCCACCAGUGGGAGAACACCAUCGAGCAGAUGAAGAAGAGAGACACAGAGAUGCAGCAGUGUUCAAUGCUCCUCACCCAAGUCAACCAGGACAUCAGAGAGAGGAAUGGAGUGAUCAAGGAGAAGAAGACCUUCCUGGAGAGCGAGACGGAGAACAACAAGGAGUACGAGAAGAAGACAGCCAUGGCCGACCGGCAGGCGGCCAAGCUGAGACAGGAGUUCCAGGAGCAGGAGAGUAACCGCACCAGACUACAGGACCAGUUGGAGAGUCUGAAAGGGACAGUGGACAGAGCAGCUACUGAUGUCCAGUCCAUGAGGUCCCAGCUAGCCAACAUGAAAAAGGACAUCCAGGACAAAAACAACAAGGUAAAGGGGGCCAAGCUUCAUAACACAGCCCUGGAGGAGAAGCUGAAGACAGUGACGGAGACGACCCUCAGCGUGGAGGAGAGGGCCACUCAGAUGGAGCAAGUACUGAAGGAAGAGGAGCAAACUAUUAAAGACAUCGACGCUCAGCUGCACCGCCACCGCGAGGUGCUGUUCCGUGAGACCCAGGAGCUACAGGCCCUGAGGGUGAAGGAGAAGGACUCCAUGGCUGUGCUCUCUGGGAGCCGGGUGUCCCUCUCCAACCUGGACGGCCGCCUCAGUAAACUGGACCAGAACUCCCUCAAGCAGCAGGAGAUCAUCUACAACCAGGACUUCCAGAUCCAGCUGCUGGAGAGGAAGAUGUUGCGUCUGCGUGGCGAGGUGAACACGGAGGAGAAGCAGGUCCUGGAGAAGAAGGCCCAGGAGCUGGCACAGAGGCUGGAGGAGAAGAAGAGGACGGCCACCAUGCUCACCACCCAACUGAAGAAGCUCCAGGAUGAUAUUCGCUGUGUGAGGAAAGAGGCAGAGAAGACAGGAGCUGAGAAGAGAGACCUGACCACCAAGAUCGAGGAGCUGCACCUGUUCAACCACAUCUCAGACAAGGAACUGAAGAAGCUCAGGCUCAAGAAGCAGGACACCAUGGUGGAGGACAACAUCCUGAAGCUGGAGAUCAAGCGUCUGCGUGACCUGCUGUACAACAAGGCGGACAGCGUGCUCUCGCUGGAGAAGCGGCGGCUGCAGCUGCAGGCGGCCAUGAGGGAGCGGGAGGAGGAGAUUAAGGCGCACCGGGAGAUGCUCAACAAGCAGGUCAAGAUCACUGACCAGGAGCGCCAAGGACUCAGUGCAGAGGUGCACGAGAGAUUGUCCAAGGUCGACAAGAUGAGGAAACGCUAUGAGAUUAUGACUGUCUCAAUGGCUGCUCCCGAGGGAGAAGAGGAAAAAUCACAGGCUUAUUACGUGAUCAAGGCUGCCCAAGAGAAAGAGGAGCUCCAACGCGAGGGAGACGAUUUGGACGGCAAGAUCCGCAAGAUGGAGAAGGAGAUCCGAGCACUGGAGAACACGCUCCACGUCAUCAACAGCCGCAACACAACCUAUCGCAAAUCCUUCAACAAAGUGACUGAGUCCAGUGAGGAGUAUCAGGAGAAGCUGAAGCUGGAUGAGCAGAAGAGAGCCGCUGAGGAGAAGUACAAGUACAAGAGGAGGCAGAUCCGAGAACUGCAGGAGGACAUUCAGGGCAUGAACAAUACACUUGACAGCCUGCUUCAAGAGGAGGCCGUUCAGAACGAGAGGACUGAAGAGACCCAGUCACGUAUCAUGUCUAUGAACAGAGAACUGGUAUCCCAGCAGGAGAAACUCGAUAGGGUCACUAAGCAGUGCUCCAAACUGACCAAAGAGAUCCGGUCAGCCAAGAAGGCCAAGGAGGAGACAUUUGAGGAGAGGGACAUUGAGCUGAGGGAGCUGAAGGACUUCAAUAAGAAUAUCAACAAGAUGCUGCUUGUUGCCAUGGAGGAGCAGCCUGACCUCAGAUCAGCUCUACACAUGUACUUUGUCCAGGCCAACUUGCCCCUGCCGUCUCCUGCCUCCACCCCUGCCAGCCGACAGAGCUCAAAGACUAACUCUGCUCGCAGCUCUGUCUCUCUCAGGUCAGCUGGGUCUUCAGCAAGCAGCAGCCCAAGGGCGUCGUCAGUGCAGUCUCCCCCUGUUAAGACUCUGGAGCUGGGCCUGGGGUUGUCCGUGACGUCCCUUCCUCUCAUCACCUCUCCACGGGACUCCCAUCCACCCAGCUCCACCAGCAGCAGCAGCAGCAGCAGCCGCAGCAAGCGCCAGAGCCCCUAGAGAAACCCCACAGUAGGGCAGCCUCACUUACAGCACCAGAUGGCUAAUAAGACUGUAGUGGCAUUAGGAAAGAGAAUGUGUGUCACUGUUCAAUGUACUGAACAACCGUUUGGUGAGUUGAUUGAUUUGCAUGUUAUUUUUGAAUGAACUGGAACAACUUGCAGUGAUAUGAGAAAUACACUUAAAUAAUAGAUUAUUGACCUAUUCUUUGAAAGGCACAUAUUUUCCAUUUGUCAGCUAACCUUUAUAGAAUUGUAUUGUAAAUGUGCAUUAAAAAAAUCUGUAAUGUUUUUAUUAAUUUUUUACUCCUGGCAAUGUGUUUCUGGAUAUAUCCCAAUAGAAUAUAUGGUUGCUUGUCAGAAUGAUCAAUUAGUUGAUAAUACAAUUAAUUUGUUUAAAGGCCCAAUGCAAACAAAAACGUGAUUUUCCUGUGUUUUAUAUAUAUUUCCACACUAUGAGUUUGGAAUAGUACUAUGAAAUUAUGAAAAGGAUAUUAAUGCCCUUUUUAUUAUAAGAGCUGUUUGAAAAUACCACCUGAAAUUUCAGCCUGUUUUGGUGGGAUUGCGUUUUGGCCUGCCUG